CCUCGAUCUACACCAGCGUCAGUAAAACCAUAUCACCAAAACCCUGAUUAGAUUUCUAUCCAAUUUCUCUUCUGGAUUAAUAAUGUUGAAGUCGGACAUGGGUCUCGUGGAGAGAAAAUUACUAGUAAGGAAGCCUGCGCAGGCGAGCUCGAGAAAAGGGUGCAUGAGAGGCAAAGGUGGCCCGGAAAAUGCUAUGUGCACCUACAAAGGUGUCCGGCAAAGAACUUGGGGCAAAUGGGUCGCCGAAAUCCGGGAGCCAAAUCGUGGUGCUCGCCUCUGGCUGGGGACAUUCGACACCUCCCUCGAAGCUGCCAUGGCAUAUGAUGCUGCUGCACGUAAACUUUAUGGCUCCGAGGCUAAGCUCAAUUUGCCGGACUUAUCCACCAUUAAUAAGUCGCAGGCGCAUCCAGCGACUUCCAACACCAGCCAUAUUUCCCAGAAUUCAUCAGGUACCACCUCUACAUCUAGUACCUGUUCUUCAAAUAAUAGCGCAAUAUUCAGGGAUGAUGACGAUGUUACGCCGCAAGUACUCUACCAAAACAGUUCUGCCCUUUCUUUUACUGGCGAAAACAUGGAGCCCGGAGAAAAACAAGCGGGAUACAAAAGCGUGAAUUUCUCCGAGAACGAGGCCGACGGGAUUGAUGGAAUUUGGGGGAGUGCGAACUCAAGCUUUCCAGCCUUUGAUGAGACAAUAUGGGUGGAGGCAGCCAUGUCAUUAGAUUUUCCAUUCAUGAUGGGAGACUCGGGAGCUUUCUCCGGCAACUUGGUUGACGGAAGUGGCCGGGAAACGUUGCAUUCUCAAUGGUGCAUGUAAUCAAAGCUCCAAGAGUAAAUAUUUAAUUAGCUAUAUAGAUAUAUAGGCAUAGAUAUAGUAUAAGCUGUCAAUAUAUGGUGUACUAAAGGUUUCGAUCGAGUACCCCCUUAUGAAUUUGGCUCUUGUAUUAUCUAUCCUCUCUUUCUCUUCCCUUCCUUUUGGAUAAAGCUCUUGUAUGUAUUGAUAUGUCAGGUAAGACAUUCCAAAGUAAAAAAUAAGAAAGAAAAUGAAUCAGUCACCUUCUUGCUCCA